GGGGGUGUGGGUGUUAGAAAUGACAGAGGAUCAUGAGGGCAGUGAGAGAGCGAUGUGUGGAGAGACACAGUGAUAGAUCUGGAUGAUGGACACCCCUGGAGAGACAGAUGGACACAUAAAGAAACUAUGAUCUUUCCAUGGAUGCCAACAGGAGAGUGGGGAGAGAGUGAAAGAGAGAGAGAGAAAUAUAUAGAGUGUGAGGGGUAAAGGAAGGGGCUGCAGUAUUAAUGUGCAAACUGAAGGGGAUGGAAGUAUUGCUCUAAAAAAUAUAAAUACACACAGGAAUCUGGAAAGUGUAAGCUAUAUAUUGAAUAUAUAUAUUUACAAAUAGAUGUAUAAUAACACAGCCAAAUUUAAAUCAGAAAGAAGAAUAAAACACACAUGCUGACAGACUAAGAAAAAACAAGAGAGAUUUGAAAAAGCUCCACCAUGACUGCAUCUGCAAAACAGUUAGAUGCAUUAUGUCAUCUAACAGCCCAGGCAUUGCCAUCACUUCAGACCAAAAAUCACUUCAAGAUCAUCAAGCUUUUGGGUGAGGGGUCAUAUGGCAAGGUCAUGCUGGCAGUUCACAAGAAGAGAGGUACUCCAAUGGCCCUGAAGUUUUUUCCCAGAGGAUCCACCUCUCUAAUCUCAUUCUUACGAGAGUACAAUCUCUCUCUCGCUUUCUGCUCCCAUCCUUCGCUCACGAGGGCCUUGGGCAUUGUCUACUCCACACCCUUACACUACGUCUUCGCCCAGCAAGCCGGACUGUAUGGAGACCUGUAUGACAUCAUAGACCCAGAGGUUGGUAUGGCAGAGGAGAUGGUGCAGAGGGUGGCGUCACAGGUGAGCGGGGCCCUGUCUCAUCUCCAUGCCUUGGGAUUCGUCCACAGGGACGUGAAACCUGAAAACAUUUUCCUGUGUGACCAGACCUGCCAGUGGGUCAAACUGGGUGACUUUGGGAUGGUUAAACCCAAGGGUGCGCGGGUCCCAGCGGUGUGGUAUGACUCUCCAUACUGUGUCCCAGAAGUGGAGAUGGCCAGGGGCAGGAAGGAACAGAAAGCAUCAAAUGGAAAGAACUCAAAAGGGAAGGGUGCAAAGGGCAUAGGAGCAGUGAUUCCUGGUACCUCUACAAAGGCAGGGAGUAAGGAAGAGAAGAAGAAGACAAUUUGGGUGUCAGUAGAGGUAGGUAUAGACAGCUGGGCUCUAGGAAUCCUGGUCUACUCCUUGUUGACUGGCUGUUACCCUUGGAAAGAAACCUCCUCUGAUGAUCCAGGAUACAGAAAAUACAAAGACUGGUUGGACAGAGAAAGAAAACAAGAAGAGAAGGGGGAGGAAGUCAAGUGGAAAGGGCAGGAUUUGGGGAGGUCUGGGUGGAGUAAUGAAGCUGGAGGUCCAGAAUGCGGUCCUGCGCCCCCCCAGUUUGAAGUCUUUACCCCACUGGCCUGGAGCCUCUUUCAAGGGCUGCUCAGCCCACAGCCCUGCCUUCGGACCAUGCCUGAGGAUGUCCUGAGAUACCUGGGGAGUGCCUGGUUACUCACAAAAGGAGAGGUGGAAAAAACAUUGGGCGACAAAGGAAAAGAGAAAGAGAAAGAAAAGGGUGGGAGAACAUAGAGAUCAUGGGACUUGGAGAGUUAUUCUCAUAGCAUUAAAUGAAAAUGGCAAGGUAUUAAAACCUGAGGGAAGAUGGUGAAAUAUAAUACAAGGAUGGUGGGGGAGGGAGAUGGACAAGGUCUUGGUCUUGGCUGCAUUAGCCAACAUUCGGUGAUUACAUUUUUUAUAUCUAGUUUAUAUUAUUAUGUAUUAUAUAUAUACACCCACUGAGCACUUUAUUUGGAAAAUUUUUACUUUAUUACACCUACUUAUUAAUGUGAUUAUCUAAUCAGCCAAUUGUGUGGCAGCAGUGCAAUGCAUACAAUCAUAUAUAUUUAUAUAUAUCGAUACAAUUUUUUCUGAAUCAUGAAUAAACUGGUUUAAACAGGUGGUUUUAAUGUUGUGACUGAUCGGUGUAUUUAUAUAUAUACUCAGUGAGCACUUUAUUAGGUAUUUAUUACUUCGUUUUUAGACUUCUACUGCUGUAGCCUAUCCACAUAACAGAGUUAUGAUGAGUUGUGUGUUCAGAGAUGCUCUUCUGCAUAUCACUGUUGUAAUGUGUGGUUAUUUGCGUUACUGUCACCUUCUUGUCAGCUUUGACCAGUCUGGCCAUUCACCUCUGACGUCUCUCAUUAACGAGACGUUUCUUUCUGCAGAACUGCUGCUCACCGGAUUUAUUUAGUUUUUUGCACUAUUCUUUGCAAACUCUAGAGUCAGAGGUUACCAACCCUGGUCCUGGAGAGCUACUGGGUCUGCUGGUUUUCGCUGUUACUCUGCACUUAAUUUAUCAAUUAGGGCAGAUGAUUACACAGCUAACUCACCUCACCUGGUUACCUAGGUCUCAACAGGGUGCUGAUUUUAGGGUGAAAACAAAAACCAGCAGACCCAGUAGCUCUCCAGGACCAGGGUUGGUGACCUCUGUUCUAGUGUGAGUGAAAAUCCAAGGAGCAGUUUCUGAGAUACUCAAACCACCCAAACAAAUUGGCUGAUUAGGCAUGAAUAAGAAGGUGUAAUAAAGUAAAAAUGUUCCUGAUAAAGUUCUCUGUGAGUGUAUAUACAUAUUAUGUAUAUACAAAAGUAUUUGAACAGCAAGGUCAAUUACUUUGUUUUUGCUAUACAGUGAAGACAAUUGAAUUUGAGGUCAAACGAUAUACAGGAGAUGACAGAUCCAAAUUUUAGGUUUUAUUUCCUGGUAUUUUUCAUCUAGAUUUGUUAACCAACUUAGGAUAGAACACCUUUUGUAUCAGGCCACCCAAUUCUUAGGUGUGCAAAAGUAUUGGAACAUGUGACUGACUGGUGUUUCUUGUUGUCCAGAUUGAUUUAAAGCUUAGAAAAGAGGGGAAAUCAAGCAGAGCCAUUGCACAAGCAUUGGGGAUAGCUUGUAAAACAACUUGGAAUGUUCUGGAAAAGAAAGAAACUGCUGGCAUACUGAGCAACAGACAUCGAACAGGUCAACCAAGGAAAACAACAGCAGCUCUAGACAGAAAUAUUGUGAGAGCUGUGAAGAAAACCCCAGAAAUAUCAGUCAGAGACAUCACAAACAAUCUCCACAGAGCAGGGGUGUAGGUAUCUCAAUCAACCGUUUAAUUAAAUACAUUUGCCAAUACAUUUGCUCACCUAAAACUUGGGUGGUCUGAUGCCAAAGGUGCUAUGUUCUAAGUAGGUUAACACAUAUAGGUGUAAAUGCCAGGAAAUAAAAUCUGAAAUUCUGAUCUCUUUUCUCGUGUUCAUCUUUUUAUCUCAACCCCAAAUGUAUUCAGUGUAUUCCAAAAACAAAGUAAUUGGCCUUGCUUUUCCAAUACUUUUGGAGGGGACUGAAUACACUCACUGAGCACUUUAUAUGUACACCUACUUAGUAAUGUGAUUAUCUGCAAUCCUCACGAUCAUGCAAAUACAGGUCAAGUGCUUCAGUUAAUAUUCCCAUCAGCCAUCAGAAUGGGGAAAACAUUUUAUCUUAGUGAUUUCAACCAUGAUGAUUGGUUAAAGUCAUGAUUGUUGGUGCCAGACAGGGUGGUUUGAGUAAACUGCUGAUCUCACAACAGUCUCUAGAGGUUGCAGAGAAACAAAAAACAUCCAGUGAGCGGCAGUUCUGAGGGCAGAAACACCUUGUUAAUGAUAGAGAUCAGAAGAGAAGGGCCAGACUGGUCGAAGCUGACAGAAAGGUGAUAGUAAUGUAGUAACCAGGCAUCACGACAGUGGUAUUCAAGUGGAUAGACUACAGCAGCAGACAUCUAAAAAAUAAGUCUAAUAAAUACCUAAUAAAGUGCUCACUGAGUGUAUAGUAUCCAUGUUUAUUACAUAAAUGCUGUUUUGGAAAUGUGAUUUUAUUUGUUUAUCUUUCCUUUAACCCUUAGUAAUCACUCCCAUUGUUUUAUCCCCUGUCACUAGUUGAGCUAUAGUUCCACAGUCUACAGUUACAGUUUUAUAUAUAAUGUAUAUAUUUUAUUCCUGCAGGUCUAUAUUGUUCCAAUCAAUUACAAGGAUGAUUUAGAUAUAGUAUUCUAUUUAAUAUUAAUUGAAAUGAUAUUAAAUGAAUGGUUUCAUAUUAUGACUAAUAAUUUGAUUCAUAGAUUGUAUUAAUGACUGAUCACCAGAGACAGUACUGUAUUCAUAACACCUUACCCAUGGUGUUUCUAUCAUGGAAGGACAACUAUCAUAAUGUUCUGACAAAGAUCUGUCAAACAUUAAAUGUAGCAAUGUAUUCAUAAA